UUGCCAUAUUUGUUGAUGUGUCAUAUCAGUAAGGACUUGUUGGGCCGAUCAGCUGGCAAGGUGGACAGCCUGAGGGUUCAAAUUUCCCCAUUAAAUUCACCCUAGCAGCCUUCUGAAUCGAAACGCGCAUGGACGAGCCCACUCGCUAGUUUAGAUGCAUAGAAAGCACUAUGGAGCAACCUGAUCCCCCCUCAGGCGCACAUCUGAUGGAGGAGUCCGACCUAGAGAUUCCAGGUGAAUUCCCAGCGGUGGAACGGCUCCAGAACUGCAUGUCGGAAGUCCUAAAACAAGAACCCGAGGAAUGUGAGCAGGCAAAAGGAGACAUUAGCAAAACCGCAUCCGAUUGUUCUGACGACACAAAGAUAGAAGGAAAUGAACUCGAAAGUCAACCGGCCUCGGAUGAAAACUGUGGCGGGAUGCCGUGUUCAAGAAAAGAGGAAAAGCCACCUCUCAUAAAUGAAGGAGCUUUAUUAGCCUCGGGGGAUGCGGUUGAAAGCCCCUCCUCUGUUGAAACUUCUGACAAAGACUGCAAACAGGAACCUUCGCCGCGGAGCCUCAACGGAUUAUUGCCUCCAUUAAUCCAAAGCACUUCCAAAAACUUAUCGAGCGCCACAUCCGGUAUCUCCAAUGGCCUCUCCGCCCCCGUUUCGGACACUGUCAACUCCUCUCCGGCCUCGGAUUCCACGUCCAGUCCGUACGACACGGACUGUAGCCGGAAGCUGAUUUCUCAGAUCCAGCGAACGCUGUCGCAGGAGUCUCUGCUUGACGAGCUGGAGACAGAGCUGAGGGAAGGGAGCUCUCCCGUCAACGGGCGAGACGACUGCAUCUCGGUCUUUGAGAAGUGUGUGCAGUACAAGUACACGCAGCAGGAAAAGUCCAUCCAAAGGUUGCUGGAGGAAAACAAGAGACACCAAGAUCUAAUCCUGGGCAUCUGUUCUGAGAAGGACAACAUGAAGGAGGAGCUAAAAAAGCGGGCGGAGACUGAAAAGCAGCACAUGAACACCAUCAGAAAAUUGGAGGGCAAAAUGGCGGAGCUGCAGAGGGAGCUAAAAGACACCCAGGACAAACUCAUUCAACAAGACCAGGCGGCCAAAGCCGGCCUGAUGCAAAUGCAAAAGGAGACCACCCACCGCUUGGAACAGGCCAACAGGAAGUGCGAGGAAGCUCGCCAAGAGAAAGAGAGCAUGGUGAUGAAAUACGUGCGCGGGGAGAAGGAAGCCCUGGACCUGAGGCGGGAAAAGGAGACUUUGGAGAAGAAGCUGCGAGAGGCCACCAAGGAAGUGGAGCGCCAAGCCCUUCGAGGGAACCAGCUGGCUCAAGAGCGAGGUCGACUGCAGCAGCUCUGCGACGCUAAGGAAGGCGAAGUCGGCCGGCUGGUUCGCGAGGUGGAAAAAUUAAAGGAGGACAACAACUCGCAUCUCAUCAAAGUCAAAUGGGCUCAGAACAAACUCAAGAGUGAGGCCGACGCCCACAAGGAGUCCAAAGACAAGCUGAAGGACGUCACAUCCAAGCUGACGCAAGCCAAAGAAGAGACAGAGCAGAUUCGCAAGAACUGCCAGGAUAUGAUCAGAACAUAUCAGGAAUCAGAGGAGAUCAAAUCCAACGAGCUGGACGCUAAACUGAGGGAGACCAAAGGAGAGCUUGCCAAGCACAAGCAGGAACAAACGGACCAAUUAGAGGUACACCGCGUGAAGGCCAAAGAGCUGGACGACCUGAAGAGGAGUUACAAGGAGAGCAUGGACGAGCUGGACACGCUUCGCACUAAGUUGAAGUGCCUGGAGGACGAGCGUCCGCGCUGGGAGGACGAGCUCGGCAAAUACCGGGAGAUCAUCAACAGGCAGAAGGCCGAGAUCGGACGUCAGAGAGACCUCUUGAAUAAGAUGGAGGAACUGCAGGAGCAGCAACAACGGGACCGAGAAGAACUGAAGUCCCGUUCCGACGAGGUGGACUCGUUGAACGCCCAGAUGCUCGACCUGCAACGCGACGUACAGGGAAGCAGGGAGCGCGAGGCCGAGCUGCUGGCCUUCACCGAGAAGCUGAGCGGCAAGAACGCGCGGCUUCAGUCGGAGAGCAACGCGCUGCAGUCCCAGGUAGAUCAGUUGACCGACAAAUUCGCCCAGCUGCGGGCCAGGCUGGACGAAACGGACAACGCGCUGGAACUUGAGUCGCGACGGCUGGAGCGGGAAGAAACUCUGAGGCGGCAGGAAGUGCACGCCCUGCAGGAGGAGAGGACUGCGUUGCUAGAGGAGCAGAGCCAGCUGAAGACGCGCGUGGACGAGCUGAGGGACGAGCUGGUCACGCAGAAGAGGAAGCAAGCGGCCAACGUCAAGGAUCUCACCAAGCAGCUCACGCAAGCUCGAAAGCGACUGGAGCAGGUGGAGAACGGAAGCUGCGAGCGCGACGGCGGCAGCAUGGGCAGCCGCUCCAGUUCCUCAGGUGCUUCACCCGGCUCGUUGAACACGCGGCACACGGGCGGAGGCGAGGAGCGCUCGCCGGAGAGCCACUCGGCGGCCGACAGCUUCCCGGAGGUGGACAAGGCGGUGCUGGUGGAGCGCGUCGUCCGUGUGCAGAAGGCGCUGGCUCGCAAGCAGGAGAAAAUGGAGUUCAUGGAGGAUCACAUCAAACAGCUGGUGGACGAGAUACGCAAAAAGACCAAAAUCAUCCAAAGCUACGUGCUAAGAGAAGAAUCGGGAGCCCUGUCGUCCGAGGCGUCCGACUUCAACAAAGCCCACCUGAGCCGGCGGGGCGGCAUCAUGGCCUCGCUGUACACGUCCCACCCGGCCGACAGCGGGCUGACGCUGGACCUCUCGCUGGAAAUCAACAGGAAGCUGCAGGCGGUGCUGGAGGACACGCUCUUGAAGAACAUCACUCUGAAGGAGAACCUGCAGACGUUGGGCGCCGAGAUCGAGAAGCUGAUAAAACAGCAGCGAGAACCCGCCAGGUAAAGGGAAGGAAGUCUUCUGCCGACGCUCUUCUUGAAUGUAGACUGAAAAGGGACCAGACGCGUGUCUCGCUACUGUGUUGAAAACAACCACCUCAAUGCCAAAAUGACGUAGCACUCCGAAGAUGAAGCGGUAGCCGUUUUGUCUCGAUGACAAUGGACGCUCUUGUACAAGAUUUCCCCAAGUUUGAUCAUUCUUUUUGUUUUUUUUUUUUUACUUGUUCUUGAGUUAAUAUAUUUGACAACGUCACCUUUCACGAAUGAAUGGGUUUAACUGUAUUUUUUUAAUUAUUAUUAUUGUUAAUUAAUUGACAGCACAAAUGAAGUGUAUUCGCUGCCAGCCUCCCUAGUUUCAAUGGAUUGGAAGUCUGUUAGCCACAGACUAAAUUUCAAUCCAUUUUAAAACAGAUUUAAAUUCACUGAACGAUGAAAAGAUCCACACAAUUGGACGUCUGCCGCCGUCAGUGGCACAGAAAGAGUUAAGAUUAGAGUUCAAUAGGGUUGUUUAAAAUGAUUAGCAACUCUGCUACUGACUCUUUGCUAACAUGUUAACUCAUUGGAUGCUAGCAGUAGACGUCCAGUUAAAUCCAUAUAAAGUUCAAACGGAUUGGACGCCUAUCGCCGUCAAUGGCCUCGUAUAUGUUAAGAGCAGUUUAAAAUGACAAACGACUCCACUUGACUUUUAUGCUAACAUGUUAAUUCACUGCCUGCCAUUGACGGCGAUAGACGUCCAAUCUGAAGUUCAAACGGAUUGGACGUCUAGCGCCGUCAAUGGCACGGAAAGAGUAAAGUUGAAGUUAAUGGCGGUUUAAAAUGACAAACAACUCGACUUCCGUCUUUUUUGCCCACAUGCUUAUUCAGUCCAACUUCAAACAGAUUGGACGUCUCGAGGCGUCAAUGGCAACCAAUGCGUAAAAUGAUUCCAAUGAUGCCGGCGAUAAGACGUCAUCAAUGUCUCUCGCUGUAAAUGGCAGCAAUGACUUAUGGGAGGUGUCCAUACUUUCUUUUGGGUGUGUCACCACAGGGUAUUUGAAGGUAAAUCCGCGCUUGACUUCUCAUGCUUAGUGGGGAAAAGGCCUAAAAUGUUGAGGUCGUUUUGUGGAAAAUUGACAAAAAUCACUCCAGGGACAAAAGUGCAAUCUGUGCCCUUUUCUUUGUUUCUUCUCAUGUUUGCCGUUUUCUUGAAUCGGACGCCUGCAAAAUGUGAUUUUUUUUUUCUGGCGGGUUAAACUUGAUUUGAAUGCUUAUCACAACAAUGUCAUAAUGAUACGACAUCGGUCACGACUCACGAAUAUGAAUGAAUGCUUAUGAUAGGUAUCAUUAAGUGUCAUUUCAAUCAUUAAAGAGUCACUUUUGAUGCAAAGUGUCACGUUCAUAACAGGUGUUAUGACACAUUCUUAACAUGAUGCGCGUCACGUCACGUUCAUGACCUGAUGGGCGUCACGUCACAUUCAUGACACCUGUCGCGUCUCGUGUUCAUAACGCCUGUCACAUCGCGUUCGUCACAUCGCAUUUAUGACGCCUGCCAUGAACGCGUGACGUGGCAGGCGUUAUGAACACGUGACAUGUCAUGAACGCAUGUCAUUUCUCGCGGUCACGAUGCCUGUCACGGCGCAUGUUCACGACGCCUGUCACAUCGCUUUCAUGAGAGGUGUUACGUCGCUCCUUCAUGACAUCUGUCGCGUUCAUUGAUGCCCAUCACGUCGCGUUCAUGACGCCUGUCACGUCACGCGUUCAUGACACAUCACGUGUUCAUGGCAGGCGUCACAUCGCAUUUAUGACGCCUGCCACGUCACGCGUUCAUGACGCCAGUCACGUCGCGUUCAGGGCAGGCGUCACAUGAUCGCAUUCAUGACGCCUGUCACGUCUCUCAUUCACGACGCCUGUUACAUCUCAUUCAUGACAGGCACCAUGUGGCUUUCUUGACGACUGUCACGUCAGGCGAUCAUGACGCCUGUCACGUCACUUUCAUGACAGGUGUUACGUCGCGUUCACGAAACCUGUCACAUCGCGUGUUCAUGUCAAGUCACGUGUUCAUGACGCCUGUUGCGUCACGUGUUCACGACACCCGUCACGUCACGCCUUCAUGACACCUGUCCUGUCGCGUUCGUUGACGCCCGUCACGUCUCAUUCAUGACACGUCACGCGUUCAUGAUGUCUGUCACGUCACGCGUUCAUGUCAAGUCAUGCAUUCAUGACGCCUGUUGCGUCACGUGUUCACGACACCCGUCACGUCACGCCAUCAUGACACCUGUCCUGUCGCGUUCGUUGACGCCUGUCACGUCGCGUUCAUGAAGCCUGUCACGUCACGCGUUCAUGACAUGUCAUGCGUUUACGACGCCUGUCACGUCACGUGUUCACGACACCCGUGACGUCAUGCCUUCAUGACACCUGUCCUGUCGCGUUCAUUGACGCCCGUUACGUCACCCGUUUAUGACAUGUCAUUUGUUCAUGACGCCUGCCACGUCACGCAUUCAUGAUGUCUGUCACGUCGCUUUCAGGACAGGCGUCACAUCGGACAGGCGUCACAUCGCGUUCAAGACGCCUGUCACGUCGCAUUCAAGACGUGUCACGUCGCGUUCAUAAAGCCUGUCACGUGUUCAAGACACCUGUCACAUCACGCGCUCUAGACGCCUGUCACGUCGCGUUCACGACGUCUGUCACAUCGCGUUCAUGACAGGCAUCAUGUGGCUUUCUUGACGCCUGUCACAUCAGGCGUUCGUGACGCCUGUGACGUCAUGCCUUCAUGACACCUGUCCUGUCGCGUUCAUUGACGCCUGUUACGUCACGCGUUUAUGGCAUGUCAUUUGUUCAUGACGCCUGCCACGUCACGCAUUCAUGAUGUCUGUCACGUCGCUUUCAGGACAGGCGUCACAUCGGACAGGCGUCACAUCACGUUCAAGACGCCUGUCACGUCGCAUUCAAGACGUGUCACGUUGCGUUCAUAAGGCCUGUCACGUCACGUGUUCAAGACACCUGUCACAUCACGCGCUCUAGACGCCUAUCACGUCGCGUUCACGACGUCUGUCACGUCGCGUUCAUGACAGGCAUCAUGUGGCUUUCUUGACGCCUGUCACAUCAGGCGUUCGUGACGCCUGUCACGUCGCUUUCAUGAGAGGCGUUACGUCGCGUUCAUGAUGCCCGUCACCUCUCGUGUUCAUGACGCCUGUCACGUCUCGUGUUCAUGACACGUUAUGCAUUCAGGACGCCCGUCACCUUCAUGACACCUGUCCUGUUGCAUUCAUUGACGCCCAUCACUUGUUAUGAUAAGCAUCCAAACAAUAGGUUCCUUUUUUUUUUCUUUUUCGUUUGAAUGUUUGUGUAAAAAAUCCAAACUGUGAUUUUUUUUUUUUUUUUUUUUUAAAUCUCUGCAUUUUUCAAAUGAUGCAUCUUGUAUAUGUACUGAACAUGUGUGUGAAUGUAUGCGAUGGCUCCGGGGAAUAAAAUGAGGUUGCUCUUAACAUUUUUGGGAUUCCAUUGU